CACAAAACUAUUUUGCACAUAAACAACAACCAUCAAAUCUGUUGGACUAAAACUGUAAAGUACCCAAUACUAUAGGGACAAUUCUUAAUUUACCCUCCUAAAUAUCACGCGUUAAAAAUAAAAUAAAAGUAAACCACCUGUCACAGCCUCCUUCCUCUACCACGCAAACCACCAGAUCGAAACCCCACAAUACUGCUCCACACAGACUCCACAGAAAUCUAUAUAUACAUCGCCAUUCUCAUAUCAACAACUUAAAGUCACCCACAAUCACAAACACUCCCAACAAACAAUUGCUUCACUCAAAAGUCAUAACUUAUAGCUAACUAGCAAAAACUACCAACAACCGUAAAUUCACCACAUAUAUUUGUCACACUACCAACGUAUGGAUACCUUUAUCGAAUCUUACAACCCAUUUCCAGCAGUAUCAUCGGAAAGUGUUCCAUUAGCACACUUUUUGACCUCAUGUCGUAGCAAAAGCUCAGUCUUGAAUGCGGCUGCUGAAUCCGAAGUGAUGUUGGCUUCACGAAACCCGAAGAAGAAGGCCGGAAGGAAGAAGUUUAGAGAGACUCGACACCCGGUUUACCGAGGAGUGAGAAUGAGGGAUAACGGGAAGUGGGUUUGUGAGUUAAGAGAACCGAACAAGAACAUGAGGGUGUGGUUAGGGACUCAUCCUACAGCUAUAAUGGCAGCAAGAGCACAUGAUGUGGCGGCGUUUGCCUUCAGGGGACGACGGGCUUGUUUGAAUUUUGUUGAUUCUGUGUGGCGGCUGCCGGUCCCGAAGUCUAGCAGUAUUGUAGAUAUACAAAAGGCCGCUGCCGAAGCUGCGGAGGCUUUUAGAUACUCGGAGGAAGAGGUGGAGAUUGUGGAUACGAAGGAGUUGCCGGAAAUUUUGUAUUACGUGGAUGAAGAAGAUAUUUUUGAGAUGCCGGAAUUUUUUGUCAGCAUGGCGGAGGGACUGAUGGUAGCGCCUCCGCAGACGGUGGGAUAUGGCAGUUAUGAGGAUAACGUCGAAUUUUUUGUUGACGAGUCUUUAUGGAGCUUCUAGAUUAAUUUAUUACUUUUAAAUUUAAGAUAGAUUGUUGAUUCAUUUUCCCUCAUGACUAGUUGAUUUUUGUAGACUAGCCAAUGAGAUACAUAUAGUAUGCAACACAUUUGCAUUGUAAAAAAGAAAUAUGAAUUCUAUAAAAUUAUUGGGUUAGACA